CGUGGCUGGGCCUGGGCUCUCGCUCCCGCUGUGUGCUUUAGGACCAUCGUGAUGGGGUGUCGAUCUGCAGCAUGAAACGCUCGGACGAGUGGAAGAAACGUCAAAACCAGGAAGCGCAGUGAGAGGUGAGAGAAUCCGGAGUAAACAGAAGUGAAUCUUGUAAGUGGGUGCGAAAAGAUGGCCUCAGGUUCCCCCAUAGUGAACGGCGAUCUGUCCCAUCCCGCUCAGUCUGAGAGCGCUGGAGCACCGCAUGUAGAAGAGACGCUCCAGCAGAUGAACAUCCUCAUCAAAGAGAACCGGGAGCUCAAAGAAGCCCUGAAACAGACUAACCUGUCGAUGAAGGAGAGGUUCGAGGGUCUGUCUGCCUGGAAGGAAAAGCAGAAGGAGGAGAGAGGCUUCCUGGAGAAGCGACUCGAGGAGGCCAAGCAGAGACUCCAAACUCUGGACAGCGAGAACGAGCUGUUAAAGAAACGUGUGCAGGAGAUGGAGAAACCGCAUGCGAGAGCAGAGGAGGGUGAAGCUGGAGGUCUGCAGGCCAAGCUGGAGGCGUUAACGAUUCAGCUCGCCCGGCUGCAGGCUGAGAAGAACGACCUGGUAGCGCUGAACUCUGAACUGCAGCUGAAGAUGAGCCAGGUGUCUCCGGAAGAUUCCUUCAUCGAGAUCCGCAUUGCGAAGGGUGAGAUGGACGUGACCAGAGACUUACCGGCUCAAAAAGACCUUUCUGCAUCUAGCAUGAUUAAAACCGAAAUGGCUGGGUCUCGGCUGGAAUCAGAGGAGCAGACGGUGAGCCAGCUCCUGCAGUCUCUGAGACUCGAAACGCAACAAAAAGAGCAACUCCAACUCCAAAUACAAGCUGCACAGAAUAGGAUUGCAGAAUUGGAGGUGAAGGAGCCUAAAAGCGAGAGUGGAACUCAGAUGUCUUUGCCCUAUGUGAACGCUACACAGGAAGUGCACAGCAAGAGCUCUCAGGAGGAAGCAGACAAGUCUGCAGGUGAGGUGGAGAACCUGAAGACUCAGUUGAUGAAUUUGUUUAAAGAGCUGCAGCAGGCUCAGAGUAAACUGGAUGAGGCGGAGAACAUGAAGAAGAACCUCCAGGACAGGUGUAAGGAGAUGGAGCAGGACCUGUGCACCCUGAAGACUCAGCUCGGGGAGAGAGAGCAGCUGCAGGCAGAGAACGACAGUCUGAAGGUGCAGCUGGAGAGCAUGCAGGCGGCCAACAAACUGGAGCAGAAGAAGGUUCUGGAGGAAAGAAACGCUUUGGCCCAGCUGAAGGAUGCGUACACCAAGCUGUUUGAGGAUUACGAUGAACUUCAGCAAGAGAAUAAGAAACGACAGGCAAGCGUAUCCCGGGAGGAACACGGUGAGCUUCAGUCCAGAAUGACUGCAGCGGAAAAAGCUUUAGCGGACAAGCAGAAAAAGAUCGACGACAUGAAGCAGGAGCUGUUUGAGAAGGACAAAGAGCUGGAGACCAUCUCUGUGUUUAAAGCUCAGGCAGAGGUGUAUUCCUCAGACUUCUACGCCGAGCGAGCUGCGAGGGAGAAGAUUCACGAGGAGAAAGAGCGCCUGGCUGCUCAGCUGGAGUUUUUCAAAAAGCAGAACAUCCAGCUACAGGAUGAGGUGGAGUCAAUGGGCAGACAGUCUAUGACCGAGAUGCAGAGGAGACACGUGCCGCGUGGUACAAACCCGGGUGAUUCUUCACCACACAUGCCGGUAGGCAGAGUUGACUGGCAGCAGCAGGUGAAUAUUCCUGAGCACGCCUGUCCUAAAUGUGGGGAAGUCCUUCCCGAUCUGGACACUCUCCAAAUCCACAUCAUGGACUGCAUCAUCUGAGCCGAAGAUCCUGUCAGAAGUCUUCAUCAUCUGAGUGACACGACAAACAGGACAGCAGGAUCGGAGAACGCAUUCCCUCUACACAACCCCCGCAUUCGUAUUUAACGUAAUCUCCGUAGAGAAUCGCUUUCUGUUUAUUCUCUAAUCGCUCUGCAGAUCUAAUUACUCACCGUUCUUCAUCACGUAACCGAGAGGAUUGAGGACGCGGAAGUCAUCUUCUAUAAAUGUAUACACUGUGAGAAGAUCUUUUUGAUCAUGAAGUGAAAUAGAACGUUACAGUCCAGACGCGAGGCUGGGAUGGAAGAUGGACUGUGGAAUAAAGAUUAUGAAACUAUAUUUUGUUAUAGAAAUAGAAUAUAUAUAUAUAUAAUAAAGAGAGAGAGAGAGAGAGAGACGGAAAUUAAGACAUAUUUAAAUCUUAAUCUAGCUUUGAUUUAUAUAGUGGUCAGAUUUUACUUUGGAGAAGGAACUUUAUGUUAAAAUAUUUACGUUUUAUCAGAAGAGGAAGUUUAUGAAUCUGUCAGAUUGAAUGGAUUAAGUCGAGGUGAAUAUAUGUAGCGUGAAUAACGGAUAAAGCUUUAAAAAAAAAUGCUCUAAUGCUUUAUUAUGUAUGCAGGGUUUUGUGUCUUUUUUUUGCUAACACGAGUAGCCGAGUGAGUUCAGGUGCUGAUGCAGUUAUAUAACCUAUGCAUCCACAUUUAGCCUGUAAUGUGAUGAAAACCUUCGAAUAAAAUGCUACAUUAUGAGAA